GAGAGAGGAGAUCAGCAGACAGAAUCCAACCCCACCCCCAUCAGCUCUGAGCACAGCCCAGCCAGCUUGAGGUUUCAGAGACCAAAAUAUCAGCUCCCACCCUCCUUCCCCCACUCCGCCUUCCUACACAGCUGGGAAAGGAGCCUCUGUUCUCCCCACUGCUCCGACCCCCCAAAGACUCUGGGGCCAUGGAACACAUCCCCUUCUUCCUCCUCCUCUUCCUCCUCCGACACAGCCUGUGUGAUGCAGUCUGCAGGGAUGCGGAAGGGAUCCAAGGGGGUGAGGUCGUGUACCCCAAGAUCCGAACCAAUGGCAGUGUCCUGGAGUAUCGCUGCCCCCCGAACAGCUACGCCCACCCCGUGAGCUGGAGGGUCUGUCAGUCCAGUGGGAAGUGGUCGCCUCUGAGGAAUGCCUUCGAGUCAGCCCAAAGGCCCUCCUGCAUCAGUGAGUAGAACCCAGGAGUCCUGGCUCCCAGCCCCCCCUGCUCUAACCA